CCUAUAUGCAUCAGCAUUGUGGGGGCGUCGUGAAAGAGAAGGUCCAAAAAGGCACUGCAGCUUGAACGGACGAUCCGAAGAAUAAAACACCCAUUUCCCCUCUCUCUUGCUUUGUCUCUCUCUGCGAAGAAACUCCUCCGUAAACCCAGUACUCCGUAUAUAAUUUUUAACAAAACAAAAAAAAAAAAGUUGUGUUCUGUUCCGCUUCAACCACUUUCUUAUAAUUCUGCAGAUUAUUUUAUUCAUUUUUUUCUUGUUGGUUUUGGAUUUCUAAUAGCUUGAACUAAACGAUCUUGAGGUGGGUUUCGUCUUAUUUCAAUGCAAAUGCUUUAGAUAAGCCAGAGAUAUCUGAAAACAAUUGAAAGGACAAUUGUUGAUACAAUCGGUCUGAGUGAUCAUGGCGGUUGCUGAGAAUGCUAGUCAUGAUUUUGAGAAUACUACUGUAGUAUCAUCAUCGGAAUUGAAUGCGCAGAAUGAUCUCGAAAUAUCAAAACCCAGAAAUGAUUCGAUGGAUAUUAAGAAUGAUCAGAAAGAAAGAUCAGCAGCAACGACUUUCACAGUGGCGACGGACGAUUACAAGUCUCAGAUGGGUCAGAUGGUGACUGGGUUUGACUCUAAUGGGGUCAAGAGCCAGCAGAUGAGGGCGGUGAAGUCUGGUGGUGGGUAUGGGAGCAAUAAUCAGAUGGCUAAUGGGGUGAUGGUGAGAAAUGGAGAGGAUGGGGGCGAGAGUUUCAAUAGGGAUAUGAGGGAUUUGGAAGAACUGUUAUCCAAGUUGAAUCCCAUGGCUGAAGAAUUUGUGCCUCCUUCACUAGCCAAGAAUCAUGCAUUCCUUGAUGGUGGUGCUGGUGGGUUUGGGUAUGCUAACAGUUUUAUACUUCAAGCUAAUUUCGGCAAUGCUAAUGCCAAUGGAUAUACUGGUAGAAGGAGGAGGAACGGCUAUAGUCAGGGGAAGCGUAGGAUGAACGGUAGAAUGACACCGGCACAGAGAGAGGCUAUGGUUAGGAGAACUGUUUAUGUGUCUGACAUUGAUCAACAGGUUACUGAAGAGCAGCUUGCAGCUUUGUUUCUUACUUGCGGACAGGUUGUUGAUUGCCGUGUUUGUGGUGAUCCUAAUUCAAUUCUCCAUUUUGCCUUUAUUGAGUUUACGGAUGAAGAGGGAGCAAGGGCUGCUUUGAAUCUGUCAGGGACUAUGCUUGGAUAUUACCCUGUUAGAGUGCUGCCUUCCAAAACAGCAAUUUCACCAGUGAAUCCAACAUUUUUGCCAAGGUCUGAAGAUGAACGUGAGAUGUGCUCGAGGACUAUUUACUGUACAAACAUUGACAAGAAGGUUACCCAAGCAGAUGUCAAAUUUUUCUUUGAAUCACUUUGUGGGGAGGUGCAACGCUUGAGGCUACUCGGAGACUAUCAUCAUUCAACUCGUAUUGCUUUUGUCGAGUUCACAAUGGCAGAAAGUGCAAUUGCAGCUCUUAACUGUAGUGGUGUGGUUUUGGGAUCAUUGCCGAUAAGGGUAAGCCCAUCAAAGACGCCUGUUCGACCCCGUUCUCCUCGCCCGCAGUUGCACUGAAUCAUACUUUAAUGUUUUCCAGACUGAUGUACUGCUGAUAGUUAUAUUUACAUAUAUGCAUAGUGGCAGAAAUGUUUUAAGGUACUUCGGGUUUAUAUCCAUCCUUUUGUUCUUUGCAUUGCAGUCGGGAUCUUUGUUAUCUAGAUUGGGUAAUUUAUGGGUUAUUUGUUUAGCUUUGUAGAGUUGGAUGGGAUUUCGAGGCUAUCAAUGGUUUAUUAUGCUGCACAAUGUGAUGAAUUCUGUAAGGGUGGUCCUGAGAGGAAAGCUAAUGCCCGUCAGUUGUGUCGAACAAUCUGAAAUUCUCUCUUCCAUAUCUGUCCAUAAUCAUUUGAUGUUUUCUUUUU